UGACCAAGACUGCGGUGUGGUUCCGCUUAUUUCGUUAACAGCUGCAUACCGAGUGUCUUAUCCUAAAAGAAAGAAGGAAUACCCGCCAGUUACCAGAUACAUCGUUGUCCAGUACUGAAGACUGCUUCACGCCCAGAAAAGGCUGAGAAUUACAAUUUUGUAAAAUACUAAUUGAUUGGUUAUACGUUACACUGAGAAGGUGUGAAUACAAAUUUGAACCAUUUCUUGUAAAAAAGAAGAAGAAGAAAAAGCUAAAACACAUCAGAGGUAAGAGAACUGUAGUCACUGCUCCAAUGAACAGAAGAAAACCAUCAGUGCUCUUUUGAAUUGAUUCUAGAUCUACUGCCAGGGCAGACCAGUCAUCUGGCAGUAAGGUAGUAGGGCAACACGGAGUAAAAGAGUUUACUUAGUGGAGUGAACAUGGAUAACGCCUCCUCACAGAUGGCUUCGGAAGAGGACUCCGGACAUGUUAUGGACCAUAAAUCUCAGAAAAUUGCUGAACUGGACCAGCUUGUGAAGCGACUGAGGAAUGCACUGGUGUCUCUCGAGGAGGACAACUUAAACCUGAAUAGGCAACUGAAAGAACGCCACAAGCUUUCUUGUCCUGACCUCGGCCUCAGGACUCAGGACAAAGGGCACUUGGACCGGUGCGGCCGGCUGGAUGUGGAGAAGCUGGAGGAGGAGGAGGCCAGCCAGAGAAGGGUGGAGUGCAAAGGCAAGGAGCCUGAAGCCAAGAUCAAGAGGCUUGCGAGAGGCUGCGGUGAUGUCCCCACCGUCAACAAGACGCUGGAGAGGAGGAACAGGCAGCUGUUCAGAGAGAGCGAGAUUGCGAUCAAACAUGCGCAACUGUGUGGGAAUAGCCGGCAGAGUGGCGAGGCCGAGGAACCCGACCUGGAGAAGCAGAAGCUUGCGAAGCAGGUGGUGCAGCUCCAGGCCGACGUGACCCGCUCGAUGAAAGAGCUCCGGAAGGUGCGGCCACUGAACGUGGAGGACGGGUGCCCCGGCGAGCGGGUUACGGGGCCCGUUGGGGGGGAGCCGGAAACCGUGGCUCUGCUGCGGCGGGAGAACAGGGCGCUGAGGGAGAGCCUGGAGCAGAGCCGGCUGGCGCUCAGGAAGGCAGAACCUGGAGCAGGAGGAGGAGCCGAGGGCAGAGCAGAGGAACUGGAGCGCUGCCUCAUCGCCCUCCAGAUGGAGAAGGACCUGCUGCGAAAGGAAGUCAGGACGCUUCAUCAGGAAUACAUCAGCCUCGUGGACAGCGUGGCGUCACAGCUGAGGGACACGACCUCUGUGCGGGGAACUCCAGUGCCGGAACCAGUGACUGAGCAGAAGAAAUCAGGAGGGAAGGAGCUUUUGGUUGCAGGGAGAAGCCCAGGAAGCUCUGAACAUCACAGUCCUACACAGAGGUCUACAGUGGGCAAACGUUUUGGAGAUGGGAUGACUGAGCAGAUAAGGGUGCUCUUUGAGGAGGCAUAGAAGAGGAGCAUCAUUGGGUUUGAGUGUAAUGAACACUUUGAAACUAGAGAACCAGAAGUACAGAGAGACUACAUUUCUGCUCAAAACAGCAGGAGCGAAAGAGUGCUAGAGAAUCAAAACAUUGGGCUCCGAUCAGAAGGGCCCAUUUCCUAGAAUAACACUGAAUCAGACUGUCAACAUUUAACUUGGAAGACCUGAUUCUAUUGUAUGUGCCUUACUGUGUUCUGAUUGCUGAAUUGUUGGGGUACAAUAAAU